AUGGCGGGGAAGACGAAGAAAAGCGAGGCAAGCAGUAGCAGCAGCAGAAACAGCAGCCGUAGCAGUAACCACAGAGAGGAAAGCGUGGUGGUCGAUUAUGGUAAAAACAAAAGCUCUUGCGGCUAUUGCAAAUCGUCUGCUCGCUCCAGUAUCUCUCAUGGAUUGGGGACACAAAGCAUUACGAUCAAUGACUACCAAGACCUUCUCGACCGGGGUUGGAGAAGAUCUGGUUGUUUCCUUUACAAACCUGAGAUGGAAAAAACAUGCUGCCCUGCUUAUACCAUUCGUCUGAAGGCUGGUGAUUUUGUUCCUUCUAAAGAGCAACUUCGGGUGUCUAGGCGAAUGCAAAGGUUUUUAGAAGGUACCUUGGAUUGUAAAAGACCAGUGGAGUCUGUAGAGGAUCCAAAUGCUUCUACAGACACAUGCAGCCGUACCCAUCUUGGAGUUUCAAGCUUAGCUGUGAAGGAAUCCUCUUCCAAUAACAAUGAAGAGAAGGAUGGGGAAGAAAACAUUAUGCGAUUCUUAUCAGAUCAAGUUGGUAACGGAGUUCAUGCCUGCUCUGAAAGUGGGGAAUUUCCUGACAUUCAAUUUCCAAAGGCUUCCGUUAAAAAGGUUUCACAAGCCAAAAGAAAGAUUUUGGGCAAAGGAUCAGAAGAUCUCUUAUACUCGACCAAUAUUGCUUUCCAAAUAGCGGCUACUAUCAAGCGGUCUCUACCAGAUCAGAAGGACGGCAACCAGGGAAGAUUGUCGAGGAAUAUUACAGAUGAAAAUGGGCCAUCUCCAAAGCUUAUUGCUGAAAAGCUAGAAAGUUUCUUGAAUCAGUUGGCAAAAACUUCUGGUCUGUCAGUCAGGGCUUGCAAUGGACACUUAAAUUUUUAUUCUGCCGCAAAACAUGCUUCCGCAUAUGAAAGUUCUCAAACUGUUAGUGUCUCUAAAGGAUCUGCUGCCAGUUCUGAAAGUAAAGGGUGCAGUUUGAAAAAUAGCUCUGAAAAUACUCAGGUAAAGAGGCGGAGGCUCGAGAUUCAUUUGAAAAGGUCCAGUUUUGAUUCAGAAGAGUAUGCCUUGUAUAGACGGUAUCAAAUGAUGGUUCAUAAUGAUACCCCUGAUCAUGUUACGGAAAGCUCAUAUAAGAGGUUCUUGGUUGAUACUCCCUUAAUAUUUGUUCCUCCAACUGGUGAUGGUACAGUUCCACCCUGUGGCUUUGGCUCUUUCCAUCAGCAAUAUGUGAUUGAUGGAAAGCUUGUUGCAGUCGGUGUUAUAGAUAUUCUCCCUAGAUGUUUGUCAAGUAAAUAUUUAUUCUGGGACCCAGAUUUUGCCUUCCUAUCACCUGGGAAGUAUUCAGCACUGCAAGAAAUAAAUUGGGUGAAAGAGAAUCAAGCCCAUUGCUCCAGUCUUCAGUAUUAUUAUCUCGGUUAUUACAUUCACUCUUGCAGUAAGAUGAGAUACAAAGCAGCAUAUUCCCCAUCUGAGCUACUCUGCCCUCUACGUUACCAGUGGGUUCCUUUUGCCAUUGCUAAGCCUUUGCUUGAUAGAAAGCCGUAUGUUGUUCUAUCGGAUUUUUCCACGUUACAAGAUAGAGAGUCCUUGCCGCCUCAUGUUUCUGAAGAUGUCAUGGAAGUGCAACAUGAUGACAUUGGGAAAGAAGACACUAAUGAUUUCCUUAUGUAUGACGAUGAAGGGAUGAUGGAGCCUGAAUAUGGAAGCUCAGACAACGAACAACAUCUGGCAUCUGUUGAUGUAGAAGAUGGAGAUGUCAGUAACAUUUUAAUCGGGUUGACGGGAUCUCGUGUGAAAUUCAAGGAUCUAAAGUUCGCUUUUCGCCCGUCGGAAAGGAGUUACUUGGAGUUCCAGCUGCGUAGAUAUAUGAGAGUUGUAGGUGAAGGCCUGGCUGAGCGAAUGGUUUAUUCACUUGAGUGA